UGUUCCACAACCACCAUUCGUCCGUUGAAUCUCUGUCGGUUAUCCUCACAUUUUCCAUCGAAGAUUACUCGGAGUUUUUUGAUGGUGGUCAGCCGCUCUCAGAGCUCGUCCACGACGCUCGAUUACUUAUCACAACGCAUCGCGCUGCUUUGGACGCCGCCAGUGACAAGUAUAGCCUCCACAAUCUGUUAUUGGGGAUGAUGGAGCACGCUAUCCAUGCAGAUGGAAAACGUUACGUCGCAGUUGCAGUGCGUACCGCGGCCAAAGAUGGCGCUGACGGUCUGACUCGCGUUGCACAAGCAUGGAUGCACCAUCUCUUCUUCCCAAGCAUGACACUCUUCCGGGAUGAAAAGGCCGGGCCCAGUCGCUCGCAGACACCGACCCUCCCACACACCACCAGCCUCAUCGAAAGCACACUCGGAGAACAGGUUGCGUUACGCGAGCGACACCGAUGUGCAAUUACUGGUUUCUUGGACGCAAGGAUCGCUCAUGGGCUCACCGAUGAAGCCCGAGCCAAUAUAUUAGCCAAAGGCCCUGUGCAUUUAUCUACGAUGGCGGCCGCGUAUAUUAUUCCUUUCUGCUUUAACAACUUCAAAGAAGCGGUUCCAAAGGACCUGGGGGAUUCUGCACGAACAUGGGAUAUGUUGAAAGCCUGGGCCGGCAUUGACUUCGAGGAGCUCGUGAGCGAUAAGAUCAUGAAGCCUGAUAAUGCCAUAUUUAUGACAUCCUCCGAGCACAUCCUCUUUGGCAAAUUUGCUUUCUAUCUUGACAAGGAUGCAGACCCGGAUGACCCGCACAAGUACAAGUUAAGGAUGACGCGAGACAAUGUCUAUCUCUCGAAUUGGGAGCGUGAGGCGGAUGUGCAGUUUGCCACCGACAGUGCGAUUAGCCCGCCCGAUCCAACAUUUAUUUGCAUCCACGCGGCUUUCGCCAAGGUUCUCAGCCUAUGCGGUGCUGUUGAAUAUAUCGCGAAACUAGAGAGGGAUACUGACAGGCAGAUGGCGUUGGGUGUGCAUACCGAAAACGACUUCGCGGCUCUCCUGAAGAGCAAAUUGGACUUCUUAGCCUUCUAGU